AGGGAGGAGCUAAGGAUGGGUCUCCUGCGAGAGAGGAUGCUCGCGGAGAAGGAGGAGGCGCUGGCGGCGGCGGGGGAGGCUCAGCGAGGGGAGAGGGCAGCGGAGACGCAGGGAACGCGCGAGCGCUGGUCGGAGAUCGAGCAACAGAUCAGACAGGAGGCCGAGGCUCUCAGGGAGGAUGAGGAGCGGGAGCACCGGAAGGAGGCUUCAGCAAUGCAGUCAGAGUUCAACCUUCAGCUGGAGGUGGAGCUACGACGAUGCAGAGCUGAGCUGGAGGAGACGCACCAGCAUGAGCUAGAGAGGCUGCAGGUUCAGCUGACAAGCGCGGCGCAGGAGCAGACGAGGUUCGUAGAGGAACACGUGCGCAUGGUGGAGCGAUACACGAGCGAGCAGACGCAGACCGCCAGCGCCCUCCAGCGGCAACACGAGGAAGCGAUCAGCGCCCUCCAGCGGGAGCACGAGGAAACUUUUUAAUUGCUUCGCUCUCUCCAGAGGGAGCACGCAGUUGCUGUCGAACAGCUUCGCGCUACGAUGAGCACGGAACAGCAGGAGGAGAUCAAGGCUCUGAAGGAGCAGGAGCAGGACAACGGAGUUGCAGACGCUGGUUGCCGCGGGCGACGAGCGAACUCGCCGAGACAAAGCGCGCGCUCGACACCGAGGAGAUGCAGAGGGCGCUAGCAGAGCAGCAGCGUGGCGAGGGAGAGGUGAUCCAGCAUUAUCGUGACCAGGUGCAGAAUGUGGGCGCGCAGUACAGCGCAAGUCUGCAGCAUGAGAAAUCACAGCUGAAGGAGCGACUCAUCGCCGAACACAUGCACAAGUUCGAGGACAUCACGGCCCGAGCUGGAGGCGGCCCACCAGGUGGAGCUGGAGCAGCUUCAGCACGGGUUGCGGGACGAGUACGAUGCGCGGCGGGGCGAGCUGGCGGCACAGCUG